CCGUACUUCCCCUCCAGCCUCCCUUUCCCCCCAGCUACUUCCCGCAUCCAGCGUGGGCUGCACCUCUGCAUCCCGCCCUGCCAGGCCCUUCGCCAAGGUCUACACCCCUUGCUUUUGCUCCCUGGGCUGUGCCGUCCCCAACCUCCCUCCGCCUUUCCGCGGCACCAGACCGCCUCUCCCUCCCCCAGCCAACCUUUGCACCCCCUGUUCCUGCCCUUGUGCCCUCCAACACCCUACCUCAACCCCCCCCAGUCUCCCCCUUCUCCAACACCCUCCAUAUUUCCUCCCCCCUGGGGCUCGCCCAUCCGCACGCCUCCUUUCGGUGCCCUCUCUGCCCUCCCACGUUCUCACCCCCCGCCUCCCAACCUUCUCAUUACCCGCUACCAGGCUCACGCCAACUCGACUACCCACUACCCUUUGCCCCCUUCCUCUCUGUUCCCCACCCUUUCCUUUCCCACUUGGCUCCACCUGCCCCACCCCCACCUCCCGUGGAAUUCUGCCCUGCCCUCCCCACCUCCGGCCCACCACCUGUCCCCACACCCUGCUCACCCACCGCUACAUCACCCCCGCCCCCCCCACCUCCACUACAGCCCGCCAACACUUCCCCUCUCAACCGGCCCCCAGCCCGCCCCCCCCUUGGGCCCCAAUCCCCUCCAACUGUCAGGCCCCCUCUACCCUCUCUUCCACCCACUGCGCACCGCUUUCCCCACCCUUUUCCCCUUUCCCCAAGCUAACCCCCCGCACCCCGGCCUCUGCCAGGGAGUUCCUUCCCCCUUUGACGCCCUCUUGAGCCAACUCCAGCAACUCACACCGCCACCGCCAGGCAUGCUGCCUCUAGCCAGGGGGGAACUUGCAGCUGACACUGCACGGGAAGGGGUACGUGAGUUUGUGUGUGAAGGAGCAGCAGAGGCUGCAGAGGAUGGGGCAGCAAAGGCUGCACGGGAAGGGGCAAUGGGGGUUGUGGGGGAAGGGUCAGCAGAGGCUGCAGAGGAAAGGGCAGCAGAGGCUGCAAGGGAAGGGGCAGCAGCGGCCUGCACGGGAAAAGGGCGGCAGGGGCUUGCACGGGAAGGGGCGGCAGGGACCACUGCAGCAGUCGAGGCUGCAAGGACUGCAGCAGGAGCAACAGAGGCCACAGUGGGGGCUGGUAUAGGGGGAGGUGCUACGGGUGCAGCGGGGAAGGGGGUAACGGGGACUGGUGCGAGGGAGAGUGCCGCCCCGGCUGUAGCAAGAGAGGGUACGGCAGGGGCUAGAGUGGGAGAGGGGACAGCAGUGGCCUCAAAGGCAGAAGGUGAGGCUGCAGCUGAAGCAGCAGGGAGGGCCAUAGCACGGCCAGUAGGGGCGGCAGGGGCCGCAGCAAACGCGGGGAAACACACAGCAGGGCCGGCAGGGCCGGCAGAGACUGCAAAAGGGGCUAGCAGUAAAGCGGCAGCAGGCGGGGAGGGGGAUGUGAUAGCGAUAGAGGAGGAUGAGGGAGAGGAUGUGAUGCACAUUGACGGGCCACUGGCCCAAUACCUCACGCUUGACGGUGAGGCCGACCCGGCCCCCCUGCAGCCUCACGUCGAGAUUCCCCCUCUACCCCCCAUGCCCGUCCCCAUGCUAGCAGAAGGACCGAUGGAGGGGCUGGGGGAGACCUUGAGGACAGAGCCGCGCGAGGGAGCCCCCAUCCUCACCUCCCGUCCUCCAGCCCACCCACCCCCAGGAGCACCACUUCCCCACCCCCACCCUCAGGUCCCGGUAGUGUCCAGGGGGGCAGCCAAGGCCCUGGCCUUCUUGGCGGAGCCGUGCUCCCCGACCCCCACGCUGCUCCAUGGCCAGCUCCCCUCUCCGUCCCCAACGCCUGACCCCACGGUUGCAGGCGGUCCACCGGGAGAGCACGCGGCACACCUCUGCCCCCACCCUCAGGGGCUCCUUAGAGCACCACGUGGAGCAGCCAGGGCUCUGGUCUUCCUAGAGGAGCCAUGCUCCCCGACUCCUACCAACACCCAGCCACCCCCUACCGGCCCACUACCCCCUCCUCCACCAGGCCCCCCCCCCACCCGUCGCCGCACAGCCCCAACACGCCCACCCAACAGGCUGCCCUCCCCACACCACCCCCCCCAGGCAGCCGAGACCCACCCGCAAGGGCUUGCGCCCCAGGCUCAUGGGAGCGGCGGCACCCGGGUAGAGGGGCCCACAGGAGAGGCCACCACAGGGCCCACACAAAUCUCUCUCCCCCCACCGUUUGUACCUCGCUCUAACCUCCACACUGGCCCGACCCCUCGACCCCCACCUCCAACCCCCUCUCCCGGCCGGGUUCCCCACGAGUGGCCCCGUUGGGCAGCCAUCACCCCCCACACACAGCUUGCCCGAUCUGUUCCCACGGAGGGGGAUGUUUCGAGGAGAGAGGGGAUGCAAACAGAGCACCCCCCGCCUGGCGAACCACCCAUCCUCCCUCCACCCACCCCUUUGGCCCCACAGCCCCCCCUUCCUUCACAAACAGGCGCGGACAACCAGGUGGCGGCGGCCGCGAUCGCUACUGGGAGGGAGGCCGUCGGGUUGAGGGAUGCGCCCAUGGCAGACGCCACCGACUCCCCCUCCCAUCCCUCCCACCCCUUCCAUGUCGACGACCCCCUACCGCAACCCAUGGUGAUUGGGGAGGGCCAAGGGGGCCUUCUAGGGCAGGGUCCACACCCGAGCUCCGCUCAGCCAGCACGCCCCACUCCACCCUCUACCCUGCCAGCCCUCCUACUCUCACCUACAGGCAGGCAGGUCUUCGAGACCCCAGAGGAGGUGAGGGCUGGCAUUUCAGAUUUGCUGGCGAUACACCGCCUGAGCAGCUCUCCGGCUGCCCCCACCCUUCCAGUCCCACAGGACCGGACCCGGACGUAUGCGGGGGUCACCCGGUCUGUCCCUUCUUUUAUCCCCCCCGCCACUCAGCUAGGCGCGUCACUCCCGACCCCAAUGGAGACGGACCGGGUUCUGAGGCCGUGUCACUCGCACCUAGACGGGGUGGCGCCUCCCCCCGUUCAGCCCGUGGCGCAGGAGGUCACCAGCAGUAGGGAUGAGGCAUCCGCCCCUACCGAGACCCCUCCGCCUGGGGUAGCAGAGCCGUCACUUGAACCGCACCCCGCCGAGGGGCAGGAGCACACCACGGCACACACUUCAGGCUCACCUCCACGUCCCCCCUCCCCAGCUUCGACACCCGGCGAUCCUCUCGGAGCUCAGGCCGCCCACGGGGUCCCCUCUACAGCCAGUUCCGACGCCACGGCCCCGAUUGACCCCGCCGACACGGCGACAUCACCGGACCAGGUCGUGAGUUGCCCUACCUGCAGGAGCUCUCUUGCGAACCGACGCGCGCUCCAGCACCACAUUCCCUUCUGCCAUCCUGCGGACGCGGCUCGCAGGGCGCAGGCUGCCCAUGAUACCGCCUCGAUCAUCCCUUCCCUCUCACAGCCCCGUGCAACCGGGAUGCAGUUCACCGACGCACAGUGGCAGACGCUCGACUCGGUGGACUGGACAGAGUACUUCUCGCCCGAGCGUAUCCAUACACGCCCUCUCCGACGUGUCCCGGAGAGGGUCCGCGGAGGAUAUCUUGACGUCCUCAGUGCGAUCCUAGUCCGCAUUGCCCAGGACCCGGAGGCUGCUGGCCCUACCUUCCUCCUCGCUGCAGCGCCGACUCUUUUCCUUUGCGCGGCUCUCGAGUCCGCGGAGGCAGCCCCAGAUACACAGGGGACGAUACAGCGCCUGCAGUCGAAGCACCCCAACGCGGAGAGGCCGACCCCAGCUUGGCUGUCUGGCUUCCAGGGGUCCCCUCUUGUGCUCUCGGUGGAUCACUUACGCCGCGCGAUUUUCACAGCUCCGCGGGGCUCUUCGGGAGGACCGUCCGGUUGGGUCGCUGAGCACCUGCGAGACACUUUCUUAGCUUUCCCUCAGAGUCUCCAUUUCCUCCUGGCCGUGUACCAGCAGUGGCUCCGAGGCCGUUGCGCUCCAGCUGCACGCUCCUUGCUAGCGUCUUCCACCCUCGUGGCUCUGGCGAAGUCGAACAUGGAUGUUCGGCCGAUUGCCAUCGGCGAGGUUUUGGUCCGCAUUCUUUCUCGUGCAGUCUGUCUCCAGCUACGUGACCAGAUGGCAAGGGUCUUCUUGGCGUCACAGCAGUUUGGGGUGGGGGUUAUGUGCGGGACAGAGGUCGUAGUUAGAGGCGUCCGCCGCGCCCUGGCUGACCACCCAGACUGGGUGGUCCUGCAGCUAGACGUGGCGAAUGCCUUUAACUCUUUCCACCGAGACAGGAUGUUCCAGGCGCUGCAGGCCAGCCCGGAGUUUCAGUGUCUGAUCCCCUUCAUCGGCCUCUUCUACGGGACGCCCUCGGAUCUCCACUACAGGUCAGGCACGGGAGUGGUCACGAUGCACUCGGAGCGGGGCACUCGCCAGGGAGACCCUCUCAGCCCCUUCUUGUACGCUCUGACACAGCGUCUUGCUUUGGAGCCGGUUCUGGCGGAGGGGGAUGUCCAGCUCUGGUCGUACGCCAAUGACACGUACGUGCUAGGUCCCCCAGACAGGGUGCUGCACCACUUUGCCGAGAUCGUGAGGCGCUUGGGCGAGAUGGGCCUUGCAGCCCAGCCGCACAAGUGCCUCGUCUACCAGACGGAGUCCUUUCUGUCCAGGGAUCUGGAGGCUUUCACGGGCCUAGGGAUCGAGGUCGCACGCCGAGGGCUCACCGUGACAGGCGUACCAGUAGGCACCGUUUCGUUCGUGGAGCAGAGUCUCCUGGAUCGUCUCGAGAGGAUGGGGCGGGUGCUACCUUGGCUUCCAAGGUUGCGCCAGCCCCAGACAGCUGCCCGCCUCCUUUCGGCGUGUGUCAGCACUCGUCCGCAGUACCUGUCGAGGACCGUCCCUCCUUCGCCCGCAGUGAUCUCCAGUUUUACACGGUGGGACGCACGCCUGGGAGAGACAUUUCAGCAGCUUUUAGCUUCAGGGACCUGGGCUUGUCGCGAGGACGUCCGAGAGGCCGCCCUAGACCAGAUCUUCCUCCCCAUCCGUCUCGGGGGUUUCGGCAUUCGUCGCAUGGCGCGCAUUGCCCCGGUGAGUUUCGUGUGCUCUUGGGUGCAGUGUGCACCCAUUCUCUGUUCUCUCCCUGCGUGUGGCGAGGUGUUUCGGCAGAGCUUCGCUUCAGGUGAGCCAGAGCAGAUCGACCGGGCUCUGCAGACGGCGCUAGAGGGUCUCCCACCUGACGUUCUCUCUCUCCUUCCCCCCUGGCCCUCUUGCGCUUCUGCCUCCCCCGAUUCCCUUUUUGCAGGAGCGAGCCGUCUUCUGGAGGCGCAUGCCUUGGAGGCCGUGCGUGCCCGUCACGCCUCUCCCUUGCACCUUGCCCGUUUGACUUCCCUUCAGGGCGGAGGUGCAGAAGCGUGGUUGACGUCGGUGCCGUACGCCGACCCACUGCGCAUCCUGGAGGCGCUGUGGCAGGCGGCUUCAUCUUCUCGUCUUGGUCUCCCUAUCCCCCAGUUAGCCCUUGCAGGUCAGUGCUCCUGCGGACAGGCGAUUGACGACAUGACGGUGCCUCAUCACGCGGUUCGGUGCCCGCGCUACGGGGUCGCCACUACCAUCCACGACACGGUGAAGUACAUGCUUCGAGACUUUGCGGUCGAGGCGGGCUUCGCGGUAAAGGUGGAGGACUCUACGCUGUUCACACAGUUGGAGGCGGCUCGAGCGAGACUACUGGGACAGCCAGUGGUGGGAGAGGGGACACGGGCUGAGGGACCGGGGGAGCGGAGAGGCGAGGCGGGACAGCCGGGUGGCGGGGGACAGUGGGGACGGCACCAGCUGCGGGGUCAGGUGGAGCGAGGGACAGGUGGGCAGAGGGGACGGCAGGGGGAGCAGACGGGCCAGGACGGGGAGGGGGGACGGCACAGGCAGCAGCAGGAGAGCCAGUGGAGGCCGCGGGCCCAGGGCGCCGCACCUCCAGGUUCGGCCUCGGGGGCGGGGCAGGGGCGGGAGCAGCAGAGAGCGGACGGAGGUACAGGAGGGGCAGCGGGAUUGGGAGGGGAGGGCCAGGGAGUGAGGGAGGCAGCAGGGGAUGGAGCAGGGGGGUCGGGAGGUUUGGGGGAGGGUAGAGAGGGGGAGGGGAGAGGACAGGUGGAUGGAGGAGAGGAGAGGGGGAGAGAGACGAUCGGAGAGGGGGCACCAAGGGACCAGACAGGGCAGCAGCCAGCGCAACAGCAGGGACCAGUUGGACGCACAGGCCGUGUAGGCACCGCCUCCCGCAUUCCAGAUCUCACCUGCCGCGACGUUGGCCAGGGUCUGAUGGUUCUUGUGGAUGUCUCCAUAGCGGAUCCACAGCGGGAGGGGAACGUGCAGCUGAGACGGGCGACCCCCACACAGAUUGGAGUGGCAGCAGCUAGGCGGGUGCAGGAGAAGCUGCGUCACUGGGGGCCGCACUUAGAGGGGCUGCAGCCGGCACCACACUUUUACGCGUGCGUGGCGGAGACCUUUGGCCUUCUGAGUGAGCCGCUGCGUCAGUUUCUAGGGCUCUGCGCAAAGAGGAUAGCACAGCGGAGGAGGGAUAGAGGUGGGGGGGAUGACGGAUCGGCACGGAUAUUUGAGGCAGGACUCACUACACGCCUCUCCGUUGCACUGCACCGCGCGCAGGCUCAAUGCAUGAUCCAGCAUGCGGUGCGGCAGUUAGGGAGUCACACCCCCUGCCCCCUCAUGCCAUCCGCUCCCCCCGCCCCUACCCUCCGCGUGCCCGCUCCCUUGCCGCCUCUUUUGACCCUCCCUGCCCCCCUCGCCGUUUCCCACCGCCCGCCAUUCGCUCCUCCCCGCCCGUGCGCUCCCCUCGCUUACCUUCUCCUCCCCCCUCCCCUCCUCUGCUGCACGCCUCUUCCUUCCCCUCGCCGACCCACUCCACUCCCUGCCCCUCCUCAAUCCGCACCCUGCCCCUCGUAUCUCGGCCCCCUAUGCUUGGUUUCUCCCCUCCCUGCUCCUCGCCGCCUUUCUCCGCCCCCCACCUCCCCCCUCUCCCUGCCCCCCCACUCUCCCCCCCUUGCCCUUGGCUUCCUACCUCCCUGCCCCACCUUUCCCCCCUCCGUGUGCUCAGCUUCUCCCCUCCCUGCCCCUCCCUCCUCCCCGCCCUGCCCCUUGUUUCCGCCUUCCCACGCCCGGUUUCUCCCCUCCCCGCGCCUCCCUUUCUUUCUCCGUGCCUCUCCUUUGCUCCCUCCCUGCCCCCGCCUGCCCAUGCCCCUGUCUUUGACUUCUCCCCUCCCUGCCCCACGUUUCUUCCCUCCCUGCCCCCCCUCUGCCCCUCCCUUGUUUUCCCCUCACCCAUUGCUUCUCCCCUCCCUGCCCUUGAUUUCCCGCACCCCUGCCCUUGUUUCCUACCAUCCAUGCCCCUCGUUUCCCCCCCUUUGUACGUUCAGCCUCUUCCCUCCCUGCCCCUCCCUUCCUCCCCCCCUGCCCUUUGCUCUCCCCUCGUUACGCUCCCUUCUCCCCAUCCCUGCUGCCCUCUUACCACCAUCAGCCCAUCCCCACCACCAGCCCCCCUCCCACCCUUCUCUCCCCCCCUCCCUUUCCCUCUCUCUCUUUCUCACACACACACACGCACACUCCCCUCCCCCACCCCCCACCCACAUCCUCCCAUUCUGCCCCUCCCUGCCCCUUUCCCACCCCCUCGCACGCCCCUCACCUCCCACCUCCGUGCAACUGGUUUCCCCCCUAUGGUGCCUCCCUUGCAUCGCUCGCCCCUCUGCUCACCCUCUGCCCGCCCUUUUUCCGUGCCCCCAGCUGGCCCAGCCCCUGCCCGUUGCUGCCCCUCCCCUUGCCCCCUCAACUCCCCUGCCCCCCGUACACCCCAGUCCCAUCCAACCGCCCCCACCCUCCCCCGGCUGCCCGUUUCCGCUCUCCACCCCCGCGACCGUGCGCGGCUUCCAACUGCCCAACGGUGGUGCGCACGGGGCUCACACCCCCUGCCCCCUCAUGCCAUCCGCUCCCCCCGCCCCUACCCUCCGCGUGCCCGCUCCCUUGCCGCCUCUUUUGACCCUCCCUGCCCCCCUCGCCGUUUCCCACCGCCCGCCAUUCGCUCCUCCCCGCCCGUGCGCUCCCCUCGCUUACCUUCUCCUCCCCCCCUCCCCUCCUCUGCUGCACGCCUCUUCCUUCCCCUCGCCGACCCACUCCACUCCCUGCCCCUCCUCAAUCCGCACCCUGCCCCUCGUAUCUCGCCCCCCUAUGCUUGGUUUCUCCCCUCCCUGCUCCUCGCCGCCUUUCUCCGCCCCCCACCUCCCCCCUCUCCCUGCCCCCCCACUCUCCCCCCCUUGCCCUUGGCUUCCUACCUCCCUGCCCCACCUUUCCCCCCUCCGUGUGCUCAGCUUCUCCCCUCCCUGCCCCUCCCUCCUCCCCGCCCUGCCCCUUGUUUCCGCCUUCCCACGCCCGGUUUCUCCCCUCCCCGCGCCUCCCUUUCUUUCUCCGUGCCUCUCCAUUGCUCCCUCCCUGCCCCCGCCUGCCCAUGCCCCUGUCUUUGACUUCUCCCCUCCCUGCCCCACGUUUCUUCCCUCCCUGCCCCCCCUCUGCCCCUCCCUUGUUUUCCCCUCACCCAUUGCUUCUCCCCUCCCUGCCCUUGAUUUCCCGCACCCCUGCCCUUGUUUCCUACCAUCCAUGCCCCUCCCCCUGCCCGUUGCUGCCCCUCCCCUUGCCCCCUCAACUCCCCUGCCCCCCGUACACCCCAGUCCCAUCCAACCGCCCCCACCCUCCCCCGGCUGCUCGUUUCCGCUCUCCACCCCCGCGACCGUGUGCGGCUUCCAACCGCCCAACGGUGGUGCGCACGGGGCUCACACCCCCUGCCCCCUCAUGCCAUCCGCUCCCCCCGCCCCUACCCUCCGCGUGCCCGCUCCCUUGCCGCCUCUUUUGACCCUCCCUGCCCCCCUCGCCGUUUCCCACCGCCCGCCAUUCGCUCCUCCCCGCCCGUGCGCUCCCCUCGCUUACCUUCUCCUCCCCCCUCCCCUCCUCUGCUGCACGCCUCUUCCUUCCCCUCGCCGACCCACUCCACUCCCUGCCCCUUCUCAAUCCGCACCCUGCCCCUCGUAUCUCGCCCCCCUAUGCUUGGUUUCUCCCCUCCCUGCCCCUCGCCGCCUUUCUCCGCCCCCCACCUCCCCCCUCUCCCUGCCCCCCCACUCUCCCCCCCUUGCCCUUGGCUUCCUACCUCCCUGCCCCACCUUUCCCCCCUCUGUGUGCUCAGCUUCUCCCCUCCCUGCCCCUCCCUCCUCCCCGCCCUGCCCCUCGUUUUCCGCCCCCCCACACCCGGUUUCUCCCCUCCCCGCGCCUCCCUUUCUUUCUCCGUGCCUCUCCUUUGCUCCCUCCCUGCCCCCGCCUGCCCAUGGUCCUGUCUUUGGCUUCUCCCCCCCCUGCCCCACGUUUCUUCCCUCCCUGCCCUCCUCCUCUGCCCCUCCCUUGUUUUCCCCUCACCCAUUGCUUCUCCCCUCCCUGCCCUUGUUUCCUACCAUCCAUGCCCCUCGUUUCCCCCCCUUUGUACGUUCAGCCUCUUCCCUCCCUGCCCCUCCCUUCCUCCCCCCCUGCCCUUUGCUCUCCCCUCGUUACGCUCCCUUCUCCCCAUCCCUGCUGCCCUCUUACCACCAUCAGCCCAUCCCCACCACCAGCCCCCCUCCCACCCUUCUCUCCACCCCUCCCUUUCCCUCUCUCUCUUUCUCACACACACACACGCACACUCCCCUCCCCCACCCCCCCACCCACAUCCUCCCAUUCUGCCCCUCCCUGCCCCUUUCCCACCCCCUCGCACGCCCCUCACCUCCCACCUCCGUGCAACUGGUUUCCCCCCUAUGGUGCCUCCCUUGCAUCGCUCGCCCCUCUGCUCACCCUCUGCCCGCCCCUUUUCCGUGCCCUCAGCUGGCCCAGCCCCUGCCCGUUGCUGCCCCUCCCCUUGCCCCCUCAACUCCCUUGCCCCCCGUACAACCCAGUCCCAUCCAACCGCCCCCACCCUCCCCCGGCUGCCCGUUUCCGCUCUCCACCCCCGCGACCGUGUGCGGCUUCCAACCGCCCAACGGUGGUGCGCACGGGGCCGUAGUAGCUGAGUCACACCCCCUGCCCCCUCAUGCCAUCCGCUCCCCCCGCCCCUACCCUCCGCGUGCCCGCUCCCUUGCCGCCUCUUUUGACCCUCCCUGCCCCCCUCGCCGUUUCCCACCGCCCGCCAUUCGCUCCUCCCCGCCCGUGCGCUCCCCUCGUUUACCUUCUCCUCCCCCCUCCCCUCCUCUGCUGCACGCCUCUUCCUUCCCCUCGCCGACCCACUCCACUCCCUGCCCCUCCUCAAUCCGCACCCUGCCCCUCGUAUCUCGCCCCCCUAUGCUUGCUUCUCCCCUCCCUGCCCCUCCCUCCUCCCCGCCCUGCCCCUCGUUUUCCGCCCCCCCACGCCCGGUUUCUCCCCUCCCCGCGCCUCCCUUUCUUUCUCCGUGCCUCUCCUUUGCUCCCUCCCUGCCCCCGCCUGCCCAUGCCCCUGUCUUUGGCUUCUCCCCUCCCUGCCCCACGUUUCUUCCCUCCCUGCCCCCCCUCUGCCCCUCCCUUGUUUUCCCCUCACCCAUUGCUUCUCCCCUCCCUGCCCUUGUUUCCUACCAUCCAUGCCCCUCGUCUCCCCCCCUUUGUACGUUCAGCCUCUUCCCUCCCUGCCCCUCCCUUCCUACCCCCCUGCCCUUUGCUCUCCCCUCGUUACGCUCCCUUCUCCCCAUCCCUGCUGCCCUCUUACCACCAUCAGCCCAUCCCCACCACCAGCCCCCCUCCCACCCUUCUCUCCCCCCCUCCCUUUCCCUCUCUCUCUUUCUCACACACACACACGCACACUCCCCUCCCCCACCCCCCACCCACAUCCUCCCAUUCUGCCCCUCCCUGCCCCUUUCCCACCCCCUCGCACGCCCCUCACCUCCCACCUCCGUGCAACUGGUUUCCCCCCUAUGGUGCCUCCCUUGCAUCGCUCGCCCCUCUGCUCACCCUCUGCCCGCCCCUUUUCCGUGCCCCCAGCUGGCCCAGCCCCUGCCCGUUGCUGCCCCUCCCCUUGCCCCCUCAACUCCCCUGCCCCCCGUACACCCCAGUCCCAUCCAACCGCCCCCACCCUCCCCCGGCUGCCCGUUUCCGCUCUCCACCCCCGCGACCGUGUGCGGCUUCCAACCGCCCAACGGUGGUGCGCACGGGGCUCACACCCCCUGCCCCCUCAUGCCAUCCGCUCCCCCCGCCCCUACCCUCCGCGUGCCCGCUCCCUUGCCGCCUCUUUUGACCCUCCCUGCCCCCCUCGCCGUUUCCCACCGCCCGCCAUUCGCUCCUCCCCGCCCGUGCGCUCCCCUCGUUUACCUUCUCCUCCCCCCUCCCCUCCUCUGCUGCACGCCUCUUCCUUCCCCUCGCCGACCCACUCCACUCCCUGCCCCUCCUCAAUCCGCACCCUGCCCCUCGUAUCUCGCCCCCCUAUGCUUGGUUUCUCCCCUCCCUGCCCCUCGCCGCCUUUCUCCGCUCCCCACCUCCCCCCUCUCCCUGCCCCCCCACUCUCCCCCCCUUGCCCUUGGCUUCCUACCUCCCUGCCCCACCUUUCCCCCCUCUGUGUGCUCAGCUUCUCCCCUCCCUGCCCCUCCCUCCUCCCCGCCCUGCCCCUCGUUUUCCGCCCCCCCACGCCCGGUUUCUCCCCUCCCCGCGCCUCCCUUUCUUUCUCCGUGCCUCUCCUUUGCUCCCUCCCUGCCCCCGCCUGCCCAUGCCCCUGUCUUUGGCUUCUCCCCUCCCUGCCCCACGUUUCUUCCCUCCCUGCCCCCCCUCUGCCCCUCCCUUGUUUUCCCCUCACCCAUUGCUUCUCCCCUCCCUGCCCUUGAUUUCCCGCACCCCUGCCCUUGUUUCCUACCAUCCAUGCCCCUCGUCUCCCCCCCUUUGUACGUUCAGCCUCUUCCCUCCCUGCCCCUCCCUUCCUCCCCCCCUGCCCUUUGCUCUCCCCUCGUUACGCUCCCUUCUCCCCAUCCCUGCUGCCCUCUUACCACCAUCAGCCCAUCCCCACCACCAGCCCCCCUCCCACCCUUCUCUCCCCCCCUCCCUUUCCCUCUCUCUCUUUCUCACACACACACGCACACUCCCCUCCCCCACCCCCCACCCACAUCCUCCCAUUCUGCCCCUCCCUGCCCCUUUCCCACCCCCUCGCACGCCCCUCACCUCCCACCUCCGUGCAACUGGUUUCCCCCCUAUGGUGCCUCCCUUGCAUCGCUCGCCCCUCUGCUCACCCUCUGCCCGCCCCUUUUCCGUGCCCCCAGCUGGCCCAGCCCCUGCCCGUUGCUGCCCCUCCCCUUGCCCCCUCAACUCCCCUGCCCCCCGUACACCCCAGUCCCAUCCAACCGCCCCCACCCUCCCCCGGCUGCCCGUUUCCGCUCUCCACCCCCUGCGACCGUGUGCGGCUUCCAACCGCCCAACGAUGGUGCGCACGGGGCGUUUCUUUGCACGGGCAAGCCUCCUCGGGGUUUUACACGGUGGGACGCACGCCUGGGAGAGACAUUUCAGCAGCUUUUAGCUUCAGGGACCUGGGCUUGUCGCGAGGACGUCCGAGAGGCCGCCCUAGACCAGAUCUUCCUCCCCAUCCGUCUCGGGGGUUUCGGCAUUCGUCGCAUGGCGCGCAUUGCCCUGAGCUUCGCUUCAGGUGAGCCAGAGCAGAUCGACCGGGCUCUGCAGACGGCGCUAGAGGGUCUCCCACCUGACGUUCUCUCUCUCCUUCCCCCCUGGCCCUCUUGCGCUUCUGCCUCCCCCGAUUCCCUUUUUGCAGGAGCGAGCCGUCUUCUGGAGGCGCAUGCCUUGGAGGCCGUGCGUGCCCGUCACGCCUCUCCCUUACACCUUGCCCGUUUGACUUCCCUUCAGGGCGGAGGUGCAGGGGCGUGGUUGACGUCGGUGCCGUACGCCGACCCACUGCGCAUCCCGGAGGCGCUGUGGCAGGCGGCUUCAUCUUCUCGUCUUGGUCUCCCUAUCCCCCAGUUAGCCCUUGCAGGUCAGUGCUCCUGCGGACAGGCGAUUGACGACAUGACGGUGCCUCAUCACGCGGUUCGGUGCCCGCGCUACGGGGUCGCCACUACCAUCCACGACACGGUGAAGUACAUGCUUCGAGACUUUGCGGUCGAGGCGGGCUUCGCGGUAAAGGUGGAGGACUCUACGCUGUUCACACAGUUGGAGGCGGCUCAAGCGAGACUACUGGGACAGCCAGUGGUGGGAGAGGGGACACGGGCUGAGGGACCGGGGGAGCGGAGAGGCGAGGCGGGACAGCCGGGUGGCGGGGGACAGUGGGGACGGCACCAGCUGCGGGGUCAGGUGGAGCGAGGGACAGGUGGGCAGAGGGGACGGCAGGGGGAGCAGACGGGCCAGGACGGGGAGGGGGGACGGCACAGGCAGCAGCAGGAGAGCCAGUGGAGGCCGCGGGCCCAGGGCGCCGCGCCUCCAGGUUCGGCCUCGGGGGCGGGGCAGGGGCAGGAGCAGCAGAGAGCGGACGGAGGUACAGGAGGGGCAGCGGGAUUGGGAGGGGAGGGCCAGGGAGUGAGAGAGGCAGCAGGGGAUGGAGCAGGGGGGUCGGGAGGUUUGGGGGAGGGUAGAGAGGGGGAGGGGAGAGGACAGGUGGAUGGAGGAGAGGAGAGGGGGAGAGAGACGAUCGGAGAGGGGGCACCAAGGGACCAGACAGGGCAGCAGCCAGCGCAACAGCAGGGACCAGUCGGACGCACAGGCCGUGUAGGCACCGCCUCCCGCAUUGUGUGUGAAGGAGCAGCAGAGGCUGCAGAGGAUGGGGCAGCAAAGGCUGCACGGGAAGGGGCAAUGGGGGUUGUGGGGGAAGGGGCAGCAGAGGCUGCAGAGGAAAGGGCAGCAGAGGCUGCAAGGGAAGGGGCAGCAGCGGCUGCACGGGAAAGGGCGGCAGGGGCUGCACGGGAAGGGGCGGCAGGGACUGUGACUCUGGCCAGGCAAAGGGCAGAGGCCAUGGAGACAGGUUUUGCAGGAGUAGGGGCCACGGAACCUGCUGCUGUGUCGGCUGGGGGAACCGCAGCAGAGGAGGCUAUAGGGACCGCACCAGUCGAGGCUGCAAGGACUGCAGCAGGAGCGACAGAGGCCACAGUGGGGGCUGGUAUAGGGGGAGGUGCUACGGGUGCAGCGGGGAAGGGGGUAACGGGGACUGGUGCGAGGGAGAGUGCCGCCCCGGCUGUAGCAAGAGAGGGUACGGCAGGGGCUACAGUGGGAGAGGGGACAGCAGUGGCCUCAAAGGCAGAAGGUGAGGCUGCAGGGAGGGCCAUAGCACGGCCAGUAGGGGCGGCAGGGGCCGCAGCAAACGCGGGGAAACACACAGCAGGGCCGGCAGGGCCGGCAGAGACUGCAAAAGGGGCUAGCAGUAAAGCGGCAGUAGGCGGGGUGGGCUCGGGGGACAUAGGGGCAACAGGGGAAGGAGAGGGGAGUGUGGUCCCGACCGGGGUGGGCACUGAAGAGGGGGAUGUGAUAGCGAUAGAGGAGGAUGAGGGAGAGGAUGUGAUGCACAUUGACGGGCCACUGGCCCAAUACCUCACGCUUGACGGUGAGGCCGACCCGGCCCCCCUGCAGCCUCACGUCGAGGUUCCCCCUCUACCCCCCAGGCCCGUCCCCAUGCUAGCAGAAGGACCGAUGGAGGGGCUGGGGGAGACCUUGAGGACAGAGCCGCGCGAGGGAGCCCCCAUCCUCACCUCCCGUCCUCCAGCCCACCCACCCCCAGGAGCACCACUUCCCCACCCCCACCCUCAGGUCCCGGUAGUGUCCAGGGGGGCAGCCAAGGCCCUGGCCUUCUUGGCGGAGCCGUGCUCCCCGACCCCCACGCUGCUCCAUGGCCAGCCCCCCUCUCCGUCCCCAACGCCUGACCCCACGGUUGCAGGCGGUCCACCGGGAGAGCACGCGGGUGCGACAAGAGCAGAGUCACCCGAGGGCACCCCUUCUCUCACCUCUCACCCCUCCCCGCCCCUUCCCUCACUCCUUCCUUCACCCCCAAGGGCAGCACACCUCUGCCCCCACCCUCAGGGGCUCCUUAGAGCACCACGUGGAGCAGCCAGGGCUCUGGUCUUCCUAGAGGAGCCAUGCUCCCCGACUCCUACCAACACCCAGCCACCCCCUACCGGCCCACUACCCCCUCCUCCACCAGGCCCCCCCCCACCCGGUAGUACACACAUCUCGGAGGUUGAAGCAUCUCUGCGGCCAAAUCCCUCUCCCACACGCUACAGGCACCCAAACCACCCGAGUCGCCGCACAGCCCCAACACGCCCACCCAACAGGCUGCCCUCCCCACACCACCCAACAGGGCUUGCGCCCCAGGCUCACGGGAGCGGCGGCACCCGGGUAGAGGGGCCCACAGGAGAGGCCACCACAGAGCCCACACAAAUCUCUCUCCCCCCACCGUUUGUACCUCGCUCUAACCUCCACACUGGCCCAGCCCCUCGACCCCCACCUCCAACCCCCUCUCCCGGCCGGGUUCCCCACGAGUGGCCCCGUUGGGCAGCCAUCACCCCCCACACACAGCUUGCCCGAUCUGUUCCCACGGAGGGGGAUGUUUCGAGGAGAGAGGGGAUGCACACAGAGCACCCCCCGCCUGGCGAACCACCCAUCCUCCAACCACCCUCCUCUUUGGCCCCACAGCCCCCCCUUCCUUCACAAACAGGCGCGGACAACCAGGUUGGCCGCCGGCGGAAGAACAGGGGCAGAGGAGGCAGAGGGUCAGCCCACGUACUCCCCCCUCCCUCCCUCCCCCACCAAGAGCCCCUCCCCACCUCACAUCCCGUUGAACCCUUACCAGGCCCUACCUCUACAGCCCGACCAUCAAACCUACACUCCCGCCCCGCUCCUGCACCUCCACAGGGCCAUGGGAGCGGACCAGCCCACUCACCCCCAUUCUGCCCCUCCCGUGCUGUGUCCCCCUCCCAGGUGGCGGCGGCCGCGAUCGCUACUGGGAGGGAGGCCGUCGGGUUGAGGGAUGCGCCCAUGGCAGACGCCACCGACUCCCCCUCCCAUCCCUCCCACCCCUUCCAUGUCGACGACCCCCUACCGCAACCCAUGGUGAUUGGGGAGGGCCAAGGGGGCCUUCUAGGGCAGGGUCCACACCCGAGCUCCGCUCAGCCAGCACGCCCCACUCCACCCUCUACCCUGCCAGCCCUCCUACUCUCACCUACAGGCAGGCAGGUCUUCGAGACCCCAGAGGAGGUGAGGGCUGGCAUUUCAGAUUUGCUGGCGAUACACCGCCUGAGCAGCUCUCCGGCUGCCCCCACCCUUCCAGUCCCACAGGACCGGACCCGGACGUAUGCGGAGGUCACUCGGUCUGUCCCUUCUUUUAUCCCCCCCGCCACUCAGCCAGGCGCGUCACUCCCGACCCCAAUGGAGACGGACCGGGUUCUGAGGCCGUGUCACUCGCACCUAGACAGGGUGGUGCCUCCCCCCGUUCAGCCCGUGGCGCAGGAGGUCACCAGCAGUAGGGAUGAGGCAUCCGCCCCUACCGAGACCCCUCCGCCUGGGGUAGCAGAGCCGUCACUUGAACCGCACCCCGCCGAGGGGCAGGAGCACACCACGGCACACACUUCAGGCUCACCUCCACGUCCCCCCUCCCCAGCUUCGACACCGGUACCGGCACGAGGCCCGGCCCUAUCCUGUGCGACACCACCUCUAUCUUCGCUGACACCCCCCCCGCGCGGGGCUGGUGAGUCGUCUCCUCCCCUCAUCCCAGGCGAUCCUCUCGGAGCUCAGGCCGCCCACGGGGUCCCCUCUACAGCCAGUUCCGACGCCACGGCCCCGAUUGACCCCGCCGACACGGCGACAUCACCCGACCAGGUCGUGAGUUGCCCCACCUGCAGGAGCUCUCUCGCGAACCGACGCGCGCUCCAGCACCACAUUCCCUUCUGCCAUCCUGCGGACGUGGCUCGCAGGGCGCAGGCUGCCCAUGAUACCGCCUCGAUCAUCCCUUCCCUCUCACAGCCCCGUGCGACCGGGAUGCAGUUCACCGACGCACAGUGGCAGACGCUCGACUCGGUGGACUGGACAGAAUACUUCUCGCCCGAGCGUAUCCAUACACGCCCUCUCCGACGUGUCCCGGAGAGGGUCCGCGGAGGAUAUCUUGACGUCCUCAGUGCGAUCCUAGUCCGCAUUGCCCAGGACCCAGAGGCUGCUGGCCCUACCUUCCUCCUCGCUGCAGCGCCGACUCUUUUCCUUGUUCCAGCGACGCCACCUGACCGCUCGCACACGGCUGCCAUUGCAACGCGCAUCUCCCGCUUUGGUCGAGGUGAGUGGGCUGAGCUAGUCUCAGAUGCACUAGGCCGUCGCUCACCCCUUCCUCGGCGCACAGGUCACCGGUCACGCACCGCCACCGAUCCCUCUACAGCAGAUGAGCGCCGCAUUGCACGUUGCCUUCGUCUGGCAGCGUGCAAUGAGACCUCACGGGCGUGCGCGGCUCUCGAGUCCGCGGAGGCAGCCCCAGAUACACAGGGGACGAUACAGCGCCUGCAGUCAAAGCACCCCAACGCGGAGAGGCCGACCCCAGCUUGGCUGUCUGGCUUCCAGGGGUCCCCUCUCGUGCUCUCGGUGGAUCACUUACGCCGCGCGAUUUUCACAGCUCCGCGGGGCUCUUCGGGAGGACCGUCCGGUUGGGUCGCUGAGCACCUGCGAGACACUUUCUUAGCUUUCCCUCAGAGUCUCCAUUUCCUCCUGGCCGUGUACCAGCAGUGGCUCCGAGGCCGUUGCGCUUCAGCUGCGCGCUCCUUGCUAGCGUCUUCCACCCUCGUGGCUCUGGCGAAGUCGAACAUGGAUGUUCGGCCGAUUGCCAUCGGCGAGGUUUUGGUCCGCAUUCUUUCUCGGGCAGUUUGUCUCCAGCUACGUGACCAGAUGGCGAGGGUCUUCUUGGCAUCACAGCAGUUUGGGGUGGGGGUUAUGUGCGGGACAGAGGUCGUAGUUAGAGGCGUCCGCCGCGCUCUGGCUGACCACCCAGACUGGGUGGUCCUGCAGCUAGACGUGGCGAAUGCCUUUAACUCUUUCCACCGAGACAGGAUGUUUCAGGCGCUGCAGGCCAGUCCGGAGUUUCAGUGUCUGAUCCCCUUCAUCGGCCUCUUCUACGGGACGCCCUCGGAUCUCCACUACAGGUCAGGCACGGGAGUGGUCACGAUGCACUCGGAGCGGGGCACUCGCCAGGGAGACCCUCUCAGCCCCUUCUUGUACGCUCUGACACAGCGUCUUGCUUUGGAGCCGGUUCUGGCGGAGGGGGAUGUCCAGCUCUGGUCGUACGCCGAUGACACGUACGUGCUAGGUCCCCCAGACAGGGUGCUGCACCACUUUGCCGAGAUCGUGAGGCGCUUGGGCGAGAUGGGCCUUGCAGCCCAGCCGCACAAGUGCCUCGUCUACCAGACAGAGUCCUUUCUGUCCAGGGAUCUGGAGGCUUUCACGGGCCUAGGGAUCGAGGUCGCACGCCGAGGGCUCACCGUGACAGGCGUACCGGUAGGCACCGUUUCGUUCGUGGAGCAGAGUCUCCCGGAUCGUCUCGAGAGGAUGGGGCGGGUGCUACCUUGGCUUCCGAGGUUGCGCCAGCCCCAGACAGCUGCCCGCCUUCUUUCGGCGUGUGUCAGCACUCGUCCGCAGUACCUGUCGAGGACCGUCCCUCCUUCGCCCGCAGUGAUCUCCAGUUUUACACGAUGGGACGCACGCCUGGGAGAGACUUUUCAGCAGCUUUUAGCUUCAGGGACCUGGGCUUGUCGCGAGGACGUCCGAGAGGCCGCCUUAGACCAGAUCUUCCUCCCCAUCCGUCUCGGGGGUUUCGGCAUUCGUCGCAUGGCGCGCAUUGCCCUGGUGAGUUUCGUGUGCUCCUGGGUGCAGUGUGCACCCAUUCUCUGUUCUCUCUCUGCGUGUGGCGAGGUGUUUCGGCAGAGCUUCGCUUCAGGUGAGCCAGAGCAGAUCGACCGGGCUCUGCAGACGGCGCUAGAGGGUCUCCCACCUGACGUUCUCUCUCUCCUUCCCCCCUGGCCCUCUUGCGCUUCUGCCUCCCCCGAUUCCCUUUUUGCAGGAGCGAGCCGUCUUCUGGAGGCGCAUGCCUUGGAGGCCGUGCGUGCCCGUCACGCCUCUCCCUUGCACCUUGCCCGUUUGACUUCCCUUCAGGGCGGAGGUGCAGGAGCGUGGUUGACGUCGGUGCCGUACGCCGACCCACAGCGCAUCCCGGAGGCGCUGUGGCAGGCGGCUUCAUCUUCUCGUCUUGGUCCGAGUUUGUAG